AUGGCGAGCCAAUCACGGAGCCCAAGCAUUGAAUGCAGCCUCUUCACGCAUGAGCCAGUUGCCAUCUUUCGCGUGCGCAAUCUUUGCGGCGAGUUUGCCCCAUGGACUAGCAUGUCAGGACGGACGCCCCAGGGAAUAGAGACGAUUCGGCUGUGCUUUGGUCAUGUCCUCUUUCCGCCAUUUUAUGUUCCUUCACUAUUUCUUGCGCGCGUCUUUUUCUGUCACCCCAUUUGGGCCUUCUCUUCAAUUAUCAUCCUCUGGUUCCUCAAGGUGCUUCAGAUGACUUCCAGGUCUCCAGGCGGAGAAGACCUCGUUCUGUUGUGCCUUUAUGCAGUUUUUCAAUCCUAUGUCUUCUUUUUGAAUGAUAUUUCUGUAAGGUUUUCGAGUUUGGCAGCACAAGAUACGCGUUUCCGUCGGCGCUUGGUAAAUCCAUUUCCUAGCAGUCACUAUUCUCUCAAGGGGAUAGUUACUGCUGCUGCUACUCAUCAAAGGCAAAGGAUAACCUUAGAGAUCUCGCAACGGCAGCAAACCCGCGUAAAAGCGUCAGAUAUCAAUCAGCGCCAACUACAAUAUGGAGAGACAAUGCAUAAUUCAUCGAAAGGACGUGAAAAGGAGGAGAAGGCCUUCUCCAAGGGCCUGAGGAAGUGUGUGGCGCGACCCGGCAAACUAGAGGUUACAAAGCGUGACUCUCCCCGCUUGCAAUUUUUGAUUGCGUCUUGCAGCGCUUUUCAGAGCAAUUUUCUGGUAGCGGAUCGGUAUUUGAGGAUCAAAAUGGAAUGCUAUCAGGACGAAUAUGAGCUUCCACCUACAUGA